AUGCCGGGUAACCUUGGGAAUUUCGAAGUGAUAGAGCUGUCAAUGCUGAAAAAGCAUAUGUUUUUUCCUCUAUCUGGUUUGGGGAAUUUUACUGCCCAGACUCUAUUAUAUCCAUUUGUUUUGCUUCGUACGAGACUCCAACUUCAGGAAGGUGCUCAGGUUUAUCGUGGUCUUGUACAUGCAAUUUCUUCUGUUGUCAAGGAAGAGGGUUUUCGAGGAUUGUAUAGUGGCUACUUCGUUCGAUCAUUUCACAUAUUCUCAGGUACCAUUUACGUUUCCACAUAUGAAGUAGCCAGACAAGCAUGUACAGUCUUUCCAACACUAAGUCCUAUUCACCGAUCUUUUGUUGGUGGUGCAGUGGCUUCAUGUGUUGCUCAAGGUUUUUUUGUUCCUAUUGAUGUUGUGUCUCAACAUUUAAUGGUUGUGAAUUGUAAUCGUAUUCAUACAAAUGUGGUUUACAAAAAUUCGAAUCUAUCAUCUAACCCACACCGUUUUCGUCCAUUAACUCCGGUUCAUUUAACAGAAAAUGAAAUGAAUUCCAAUUGGGGUCGUCUUUGUGGCGUAAUUCGUUAUAUCAAACAAACUCACGGGCUAAAAGGUUUCUACAAAGGUUGUCUGGUAUCUAUGUGCACUUUCGUACCUAGUUCGGCAUUGUGGUGGUCUUUUUAUGAUAAAUUUUGUGGUCUAAUUCAUUUUAUUUCAAAGAAAAUGUGUAAGGAACAUGUUCAGGACUCGGUAUUGUUGCCAUCAAACGAUGAUUCUGCUCCAGUUCCUAGAUUAUUGAUUCAGUUGAUUUCGGCUCCUCUAGCUGGCAUUUCAUCAGCUAUCAUUGUUAAUCCUCUUGAUGUUGUUCGUGUACGAAUGCAGGUUUCGCAUAUACCAUUCAAACAAAGUGUUAUUCAUUUAUGGCAAUUUGAAGGAAUACGUUGGUUUUCCAAAGGUUUAUCCGCUCGUCUUAUUCAAACAACAUUUCAUUCAUUUUGGGUUGUUUUAGUUUAUGAACCUAUGAAAUUAUUUUGUUUAAAAGAUGAUUAUCGGAAUAAAUUUUCCAAUGUAUAG